AUGUCAGACCAUGAGGAUCUGAGCAAAGCCAUGGGCCACUGGAACACCUCGGACAGCUACCAGCCAGAUGCAGCCAGCAUAAUUGUGUCCGUAGUCUUCUCACUCAUCUUCCUUCUGGGCACCGUGGGCAACAGCCUUGUGCUUGCUGUGCUUCUGCGGAGUGGUCAGCUUAGCUACAACACCACCAACCUGUUUAUCCUCAACCUCAGUGUUGCUGACUUCUUCUUUAUCAUCUUCUGCGUGCCUUUCCAAGCCACUAUCUAUUCACUGGAGGGCUGGGUGUUCGGCUCCUUUAUGUGCAAGGUGGUGCACUUUUUCAUCAAUCUCACCAUGUACGCUAGCAGCUUCACCCUUGCUGCUGUCUCGGUUGACAGAUAUUUGGCCAUCCGUUAUCCUCUACGCUCCAGAGAACUGCGGACACCCUGUAAUGCUGUUGUUGCCAUGGUGAUCAUUUGGGGUUUGUCUCUAGUAUUUGCAGGCCCUUACUUGAGCUAUUAUGACCUUAUUGAUUUUGAGAACAGUAAUGUCUGUGUUCCUGGUUGGGAGGAGCACAACCGCAAAUUGCUGGAUACCUGCACCUUUUUAUUUGGCUACGUCAUUCCUGUUCUCAUCGUCAGCCUUUCAUACACACGCACCAUCAAAUAUCUCUGGACAGCUGUGGAUCCUCUGGACGGUAUGUCUGAGUCCAAGCGGGCAAAGCGGAAAGUCACCAAGAUGAUCAUAAUCGUCACGGUGCUCUUUUGCAUCUGCUGGCUCCCUUACCAUGUGGUCAUCCUGUGCUACUUGUAUGGAGAUUUCCCCUUCAACCAGACCACCUACGCGUUCAGGCUGCUCUCACACUGCAUGGCCUAUGCCAACUCCUGUCUCAAUCCUAUCGUUUAUGCACUGGUGUCCAAGCACUUUCGCAAGGGCUUUAAGAAAGUGUUUAGCUGUAUCCUCAGCAAAAAAGGACGCAACAAGGUCCAUGUGGUGCACAUGGCUAACACUGUGCCUGGCUUCGAGGCUGCCUCCACUGAGGUAUCGCACAUGAACGAAGAGAACGGCAGACAGAAUGAACGUGAGAUGAUUAACCGCCCACAUACGGAGUCACAGGAUGAACAGGCUGCCACAAUGAACAUAACAUUACCAUUCCAGAACCAGCCAUGAGCAACAAGGACAACUUAACGUUGGGGUGGUAAAAGGGCAAAAUACUAUGUUAC